AUGGGCAGUCUUGUAUUCAAGAAGGAUGAUCUUGGAAAGGAGAUAGCGCGUAUUGCAAUUCCUGCUGCACUGGCUUUAGCUGCUGAUCCUAUUGCUUCCCUUAUUGACACUGCUGUUAUUGGCCACUUAGGUCCAGUGCAAAUUGCUGCUGUGGGGGUUUCUAUUGCUUUGUUUAAUCAAGUAUCAAGGAUUACAGUAUUUCCAAUAGUCUGCGUCACAACUUCCUCUGUUGCGGAGGAAGAUGCUGUGGAAGAAGUGACAGUUGAAAAAGAAGGUCAAGACUUGGAAAAGCGUUUAGCUAACAACUAUCAAAGCAGCACAAUAGAUACUGAAACAACAGUGAGAGUCGAGGAACAAGAAAGUGAUCAUAACGUAGAAACCCACACCAUAAACAGUGAAAUGACCUAUGAAAAUACUAGUGGAAAACAAGUGAACGUUCAAGAACAAGAAAAUGAAAACUUGGACAAGGAUUUAGUCGUAAGCAAUGACAGAAAAGAUUCUCAGUUUGAUUCUGAUAGAACUGUGGACAACCCACCAUCCACUACUAGUGGAAACUCAAGCAUGUCAAAAUGUGAGAAUAAGAGGAAGAACAUUCCAUCGGCAUCCACGGCCUUAGUGGUUGGUGGGGUUCUUGGCCUUCUUCAAACCAUGCUUCCCAUAUUUGCAGCAAAACCUCUCCUGAAGUUCAUGGGUGUCCAUUCAGAUUCCCCUAUGCUUAGGCCGGCGAGACAGUACUUAACAUUGAGGUCGCUUGGUGCUCCUGUUAUUCUUCUUUCUUUAGCCAUGCAAGGAGUCUUUCGAGGAUUUAAAGAUACAAAAACUCCUUUAUAUGCUACUGUGGCAGGAGAUGUUUCAAAUAUCAUUUUAGACCCAGUUUUUAUGUUCGUUUUCCACAUGGGUGUUAGUGGUGCAGCCAUUGCCCAUGUUAUUUCUCAGUAUCUAAUUUCAGUCAUACUGUUGUGGAGAUUAAUGCAAAAAGUGGAACUCUUGCCUCCAAGUAUCAAAGAUCUGCAGUUUAGUAGAUUUCUUAAAAAUGGAGGGCUAUUGCUAGCUAGGGUAAUAGCUGUAACAUUCUGUCAGACCCUGGCAGCAUCACUGUCUGCACGCCAUGGAUCAACACCCAUGGCCGCUUUCCAGGUCUGUUAUGAGAUUUGGUUGGCCACAUCUCUUCUUUCUGAUGGAUUGGCUGUUUCAAUACUUGCAAGUGCAUUUGCUAGAAAGGAUUACAGAAAGGCAAUAGCUGCUACGUCCAGGGUGUUGCAGUUGGGUUUGGUUCUAGGAUUGGUGCUUGCAGUCGGUCUUGGAAUUGGCUUGCCAUUUGCAGCAAGGCUAUUUACAAAGGACAAUAAUGUUCUUCACCUGAUAAUCAUAGGCACCCCGUUUGUUGCAGCUACUCAACCCAUCAAUACAUUGGCAUUUGUUCUUGAUGGUGUCAACUUUGGAUUAUCUGAUUUUGCAUAUUGUGCUUACUCCAUGGUAGUGGUGGCUAUGAUGAGCAUCCCUUGCUUGUUUGUUCUAUCUUCUAGUAAUGGUUUUGUAGGAAUCUGGGUUGCUUUAACCAUCUAUAUGACUCUGAGAGCUCUUGCUGGAGUUUGGAGGGUAGGGACUGGAACAGGACCUUGGCACUUUCUAAGGAACUGAUUGGUGCCUUUCUGUGGUUGAGAUACAUUGCCUCUCUAAUUGGGAGAUGUUCCCAAUACACGGUUGGGAUGUGC